GCAUUGGUUGUUGGGUUUACAGUCCCACAUUCCUUUUGUCUCUCUGUUCCAGGGAAAGGGUUUAUCUCUCUAAGAUUCUAUGGCCAUCGUCUUCUUCUGCAACUUUCACCGCCAUAGCUGUUUGUUUCCUCCUCCCUCUUCGACGCUCGCCAACAUCCAAAGUAUUUCAUCGCUUCUGCUAAGCUUAAGGCCGCUGGAUUUACGAGGCUGAUUUUUUCAGUAUCAAAGUUUUCAUUUUUACGCAGUUGGGAAUUCCAGGAAACAUGGGGGAUGUGCAAGAUUUAACUGGGGAUGGAGGGGUAUUAAAAACAAUUGUGAAGCAUGCUAAAGGAGAAACGGUUUUGCCAUCUGAUAACCUUCCUCUCGUUGAUGUACAUUAUGAAGGUGUUUUGGCUGAAUCUGGUGAAGUUUUUGAUACCACCCAUGAGGACAACACCAUCUUCUCUUUUGAAAUUGGAAAAGGCACAGUGAUCAAGGCCUGGGAUGUGGCCUUGAGAACCAUGAAGGUUGGGGAGGUUGCAAAAAUCACAUGCAAGCCGGAGUAUGCUUAUGGAAGUGCAGGCUCACCUCCUGAUAUUCCACCAAAUGCAACCCUUAUAUUUGAAGUUGAGUUGGUUGCGUGUCGACCCCGCAAAGGUUCAACUAUUGGCAGCGUCUCUGAUGAAAAAGCCAGGCUAGAGGAACUCAAGAAGCAGAGGGAGAUUGCUGCUGCUCACAAAGAAGAAGAAAAGAAACGAAGAGAAGAAGCAAAAGCAGCUGCUGCCGCUCGUGUGCAGGCCAAGUUGGAAGCGAAAAAGGGCCAGGGCAGAGGCAAAGGAAAAGGCAAAUAGAGUUUAUAUUUCCUCUUGCAACAUUAAGUUCUAAUAUGCUUCGUUUGUGUUGAAUCUUUCUAGGGUUUCUACUCUUUUACUAGUGUUAUAUGAGGGGGCACAUUAUGAGGGCAUUAUUCUCCUAUGAUAUGUUCUAUGAAGUAUACAAGUUUUAUGCAGUAGGGGAAGCAGAAAGCUUGCCCUUAUUAUAUUUCUUGUAAACAUCUUGGAAAUCCUUCCAUGGGCAACUCAUUCUGACACAUCUACCCCGCCCCACGCAUAUGUAAAAGCUAUAAUUCAUGUAUCACAUCCUUGAAAAGAAGCCAAUUGCUUUCUAGCA